AUGCCCAGACCAACUAUAAACACCACAAGAACAAUCAUUUCCUCGCUCUCUAGAUCAUUUAGCAGUACCCAAUUCCAUUCUUUGCCAAAUUCCAUCAGCUACCAACAAAGCCCAUAUUCCUACAAACCUUUAAUCGAUGAACGCUUCCAUCUCUUUAGACAGUUUCAGGCAUCUGGGUCAGACCCAGAUGUGUAUACAAUCUCAAAAGCAUUAUCAUCCUCACUCGAUCUCAAUGCACUGGACAACGGUACCCAACUCCAUGCUUUCUUGCUCAAGAGGAAUGUGCCCAUGGAUAUCACAGCAAUGAAUUCUCUUAUCAACUUGUAUCUCAAGUGUGGAUGUAUUGAGGAUGCAGAGAGGAUAUUUCAUGGAAUGUCUGAUAAAGAUGUGUUCUCUUGGACCAUUAUGGUUUCCGGGUAUGCCUCCAAUGGAAAAAUGAAGAAAGCUUUGGAGUUAUUUGAAAAGAUUCCAAGGAGGAACUCUGUCUCGUGGAAUUCACUGAUCAAUGGAUAUCAGAUACAAGGUAAUGACGAAAUAGCUCUUAAAUUAUUUAGUAGAAUGAGGCAAGAAGGCGAGCCUCCUAAUAAGAUAACUUUUAUUGCGGUUCUUAAAUCAUGCUCUGGUUUUAGUAGUUUGUUUGUGGUGGGUAUCGGAGUUCAUGGUCUUUUGGUGAAAUCAUCGUGGAUAAAUAACAUUAUGAUUAAAUGCACAGUGAUGGAUAUGUAUGCUAAACAUGGUGACAUGUUAGCUUGUUGUAAAUCAUUUGACGAGAUUUCAGAGCAUAGUGCAGUCUCAUGGUCCAUAUUACUGUCAGGCUUUGCAAUGAAUGGUAAUGUUGAAGAUGUGGAGAUGGUUUUUAAAGAAAUGCCGGAGAAGAAUAUAGUUUCUAGGAAUGUUAUGAUCACUAGCUAUGUGCAGAAUGAAAUGCAAGAUCGAGCAUUUGAUCUUUUUGUUGAUAUGAUAAAGGAGGAUAUGACACCUAAUUGCUUCACAAUGACAAGCCUAUUGGGUGGCUGUUCAAUUGUGAAGUAUACUAAAAAAGGAAGGACUUUUCAUGGGUAUUUGAUGAAAGUAGGAUUAGAAUCAGAUCUUACAAUAAGUAACUCAUUGAUCAAAAUGUACGGGGAACAAAGUAAUAUUGAAGAAGCCCGUCUUGUGUUCGAAGAGAUGAAUUGGCUUGAUGUGGUCUCGUGGACAACUAUGGUGUCUGCUUAUAUCUAUGUUGAUUAUUUAGAUGAAGCACGCUAUAUCUUUGAUAGGAUGCCAGAAAAAAACUUAAUAUCUUGGAACACAAUGAUGUCUGGUUACCUUCAGAAUGGGAAAAGUAUAAAACCAAAUUCUUGUUCUCUUGAUGACGCGCUAGUUUUAUUCUAUGAUUUGGAACGAUCAAAGAUUAAGCCUGACCACUUCUCCUAUAACUGUGCACUUACUGCUUGUGCUAAAAAUGAAGCAUUGGAGCAAGCCAGAUCAAUCCAUUGCCGAGUCAUAAAAAGAGGGUUCGAGUUAGAUCUUGGGGUAAGCAAUGCAUUAAUCUCAGUAUAUGGAAAAUGUGGAAGCCUUAACGAAGCAGAGAAGUGUUUUAAAAUCAUGCCUUAUCCUGAUAUGAUAUCUUGGAAUGCUUUAUUAACAUGCUAUUCACAAAAUGGACAAGGAAAUGAAGUCUUAACAUUUUAUGAGGAAAUGCAGAAUUCAGGAGUGAAGCCAAACCAUGUUACUUUCAUAAGUCUACUUUCAGCUUGUAGCCACAUUGGAGAGGUCAAGAAAGGGCAGGAGUUUUUUGAUGAGAUGGAAAAAGACAGUAAUAUCAAUCCAAACAGGGAACAUUACACUUGUAUGGUAGAUCUUUUGGGACGAGCAGGUCUUCUAUAUGAAGCUGAAGCAUUAAUCAAGAAAAUGCCAAUUGAGCCAGAUGCAACAUUAUGGGGAGCAUUGUUAGGAGCUUGCAAAAUGCAUGGAGAUCCAGCGCUUGGAAAAAAAGCAGCAGAUCAAAUAUUUCGAUUGGAAACUAACAAUUCAGCUGCGCAUAUUGCUCUUGCUGAAACUUUUGCAACUGCAAAGAUGUGGGAAGAUGUGGCCAAAAUACGAGCUAUGAUAAAAGAUAAGAAGCUUGUAAAGGAACCCGGAUUAACAUGA